AUGGAAACGAUUUUCGGUUGUCUAUUUGAUGCAGAUGUCUCUCCAUCGAAAGCAUUCGUUGAACCCUUUAGCAGUUUGGACAUGUGGGGUACUUGUACCCAGCGUAAUUUACGGAAAUUGCGUGUUCUGGAACUUUGUGAGUCCGCUAAUGUUGAUGCAUUUGUCUACGGUGGAACCGCUCUCGCUGUGUAUCGGGAAUGUGGAAAAAUGAUCGAGCAUGAUACCGACAUCGAUCUUGCUACCUUAGAGUAUGAUAGCAAAGGAGUUGGCUCGUUUACAAAACUCCUGUAUACUUGUGAGAAUGAGGGCAUUCUCUGUCAUGGGGUUCACCCGGAUUACUCCACCUCGUGGAUAGAAGAAUCAAAGCUGCGGCUAGACUUCGCAUCCAGCAUUACUGGCUCGAGCUGGUUUGGUAGAAGCGGUGACAGAUUCACAGAAAUUCCUUAUUCCGGACAGGAUUGCAAACGCAUCAAAUUUUUUUUAACAGAGUGUGGUCUCCGAUCAGCUUGUGAUGAACUCAGACUGAAGAGCAGCCUUUUCCAUAAGGUGCUGUCGGACCCGUCAGUUCUACAUGUUGACUUGUUUACACUAUCUGACCAUCCACUUUACUCUGGUUCUCAUCUACGUGUUAACUGGAACAUACCUGGAGUUUACGACUGUGUACGAAAGCGCUUCCCUGUACAUUGCAUCUUCCCCACACAGUCGGCUGCUUUUGAAGGAGUAAGCGUAAAGGCACCAGCUGACUUGGAGCUUUAUUUGACCAUUGAAUACGGGUAUCUCGGAAGAGAUGCUGUUUAUGACUAUGCACGGCAAGAAUAUAUCAAGCAUUCUUUGUCUAUCCUUUAG